AUGCAGAGUCAAAGCUUACCGCCCCCGGCGGACGAUCAUCCUUUUUUUGUCCUCGCACCAUUGUACUGGCUAUUGUCCGCUAGAAUGAGGAACUAUGCGCACCUCAGGAUAGGCUGUCGGAGAGCGGCGAAGACUGGCUGGGUGGGAACAAGACUCCUCCUCGACCUGCUCAAGGAGUCGUCCGAUGUCUUUCCGCCGCUGAAGUCCGUAGUCGGGGGACUUGUGGCGCUGAUCGACGUAUAUGAGCGGACACGGUCGAGCCAAUCCGAACUGCAGGAUAUCACGAGGCGCAUCGAUCGCUUGCUUGGUAUCCUUGCUCAUCGUUUGAGCGGAGAUCGUGAGACGGUACUCCAAUUCACGCUUGGGCCGUUCGCCGAAAUUCUGACCGUGCAACUGGCAAGGCUGGAAGGGAUGAAACGGAGAGGCGUAUUGUUCCGCGUCGUGCAUAGCUCCCAAAUCGAGAGUCAGCUGAAGGAUGUAUGCACGGCGAUUGAGAGGGCAAUACAGGAACUUCAAUUACGCAUCGGCCUGUCCUUGGAGAAGCUUACGCAGGCGAUCUUGAAGGAAACAGUCUUGCAGAAUCUUCCCAGAGCGAAAGAUGCCGCAUACACUGCUGCAGUGGUUAUCAAUGGUGUUCGCAGACGUCACUGUACACCGGGCACGCGCGACGAUAUUCUCAAGCAGAUUCUCGCGUGGGCUUUUGAUGAGCGAACGGAUAUCGCGCCCAUUUAUUGGAUCUCAGGUCUCGCCGGACAGGGCAAAACUACCAUUGGCUAUACGAUCUGUGAAAGACUCGAAGAACUCGAACAGACUGAAGACAUCUCCUUUGUGUCGUUCUUCUGCUCUCGUCAGCUCGAUACCCAUGAUGAACGUCUGCUGGUUUCAACAUUGGCCCUGUGUAUUGCUGACUCUUCCGCUUCUUUUGCUUCUCAACUCGUCAAUACCUUGAAGGCGGAGCGUAACCUCGGCGAUCAGCGGCUCAGUGUGCAGAUGUCGAAGUUGCUUGUUCGUCCGUGGCAGAGAAGCAUGCACCUCCGAGAAGGUUUGCGCCCGUUGAUCGUCGUUGUGGAUGCGUUGGAUGAGAACGAAGCCGGGGCAGAGUUCAUCAAACUCAUUCUCAAAGCCUCCCGCGCAGGCAAACUCAAAGGACUCCGCAUCUUGCUUACAAGCCGUCCAGAGCCUGAGAUCAGGCACCUUUGCGCCGACAUCGAUGGUCGAGCCGUGUGUAAUCUGAACGAUGUUGAUCGUUCUGUUGUGGGCGGAGAUAUCCUACACUUUUUGAACGAAGAGCUGCCGGAGCAUCGUGAUGAACCGUACCUCGUGGAAUUAGCUCGCGUGUCCGAUGGCCUCUUCAUAUAUGCUUCGACAGCCGUGAGGCUCGUGUGCACCACCAAGGGCAGACGUAGAACACCGAGAGAACAAGAGGCCAAGAUUCGACAGAUCGUAACUCGUACUUUAGCUCGAAGUUCGUCCAGCGGGAUCCUAGAUGGCUUAUACGUGGAGAUCUUAGAGGACGCGUUUGAUGAAUUAGACGAUGAUGAGCGGCGUUUGCGAGAACGUGUCCUAUUGGCUGUGAUCUGCUCGUCCACAGCGCUGCAUGUCUCCCUCCUAGGAUAUAUGACGGCAGUGGGACCAGAUCUCGUGCAAUCAUUGGUGGAAGGAUUAUAUGCGGUGCUAUAUGUGAACGGCGACGGCCAUGUGCGCUGGCACCAUGCGUCGUUUCAAGACUUCAUCUACUCCGCUUACAAGAAGCGAUUGUCGUCAACUCGAAAAAAGAUCAUCCUCUGGUGCAGGAGAGUGCUCAAGCCAACCGUAGCUCGUGAAGCUGAACGAUACGGGGUGCCCUCCCGCCCGGUGCUUAGGGAACAUGACUUAUUCGAUAUACUCGGCACAGAACUUGACGACCUACCGGAGUCGGCUCUCACGCAGGAACUGCUCGAUCAGGUUCUGGGUCUGACCUUGAAUCAGAGUAUCCGGUCAGGAAUGCUAGGGCGCUUACAAGCCCGACGAGACGAGGCGCAAGUAAAGAAGAUUGCGCCGGCAGAAAGACGGAUGAUCUCGGUCAGCCCAGGAACCGUACUUACAAGAUAUAUAGCCCCUUGA